CAGCGAGGUCCGCUCGCUCCCCUGGCUCGGCCGGCGCCGCUGCUAGCCGAGGGGCACCUGGUUCCCCGCUCGCCCAUGGCUUCCUCCGGCAGCGGCAUGGAGGAGGUGCGCGUCUCGGUGCUGACCCCGCUCAAGCUGGUGGGGCUGGUGUGCAUCUUCCUGGCGCUGUGUCUGGAUCUGGGAGCCGUGCUGAGCCCGGCCUGGGUGACGGCCGACCACCAGUCUUACCUCUCCCUGUGGGAGUCCUGCGAGAAACUCAACAACCCGGAGACCUGGCGCUGCAUAACUACCUUGAACAGCGACUGGCAGAUCGCUACACUUUCUAUGCUGUUGGGUGGUGCCGCCAUAAUUCUUAUAGCUUUCUUGGUUGGAUUAAUUUCUAUCUGUGUGGGAUCCCGGAGGCGGUUCUACAGACCAGUUGCUGUCAUGCUGUUUGCAGCAGUGGUUCUUCAGGUGUGCAGUCUCGUCCUUUAUCCAAUCAAGUUCAUCGAAACAGUCAAUUUGAGAAUAUACCAUGAGUUCAACUGGGGCUAUGGACUAGCUUGGGGUGCAACUAUAUUUUCAUUUGGGGGUGCCAUACUAUAUUGCCUAAACCCUAAGAACUAUGAAGACUACUAUUAAAGGGUGCUAUUUUAAAAUGCAGCACCAGAAGAAGAAAUAACACAAGGAUUGUUCAGUUUUUUCUAACUCUGUGUUUUUAGAACUUUUGUAGAUUGUCCAGCAGUCUGCCCUGUUGAUUUAUCAGCCUUUACUUUGGGCUACAACUCUUGCAAUUAACUUUUUUAACACCCCUUUAAAAGAAUGGCAAAAAUUACACCUGUUCAUCAGUACAUUGGCAAAUGCUAUAAGCUACUGAUACAUUACCUUUGGUAAGCAAAGAUCAGUACCACUCGAGGACGAAGGUGGAAGCAGUCAUCAUGAGAAACAAGCUGGAAUGAAAAUAUGGCACCUGCGUUUUCUGUAGCCUGCAAGGGAGUAGCUGGCCUAAGUAGAAGCUCCUUUGUAUGAUACAUGAUUCAAAUUCUCUAUUGGUCACUGAGUUACACCACUAUGCUGUAUUGAUGCAUUGGGACUUUUGCUGAAACAAACUUCUAAAUGAUGGGAUGCUGAGAAAAGCGAACAUAGUUGUAAGUACAAAUUAAUCAGCUACUUCCUGACAACACAAGUUUGUACAUUUGGCAAUCCACAUUUUCCAGCCAGCUGUGGUAUAUCAGGAAGUCAAAACUUGGAGCGCAUUCUUCUAAUUAUGUGGUUGGACUUUGUGUCUCGGCUGUAACCAAGUAUAAGCAGAGAAGGACACUGAAUCUGUUGACUCCCAUGAGAGAAUAAAAAGAAGAGAAUACAUGCAUGAGA